GUUGAGACUGGUCUACGAUGUCCGCGAACCCGCCUCCCAACAUCCGAGUCGUUGUCCGGAUUCCACACAAUCGUCCUGAGCAAGCCAUCCCUGAUCCGCCCCGGAUAGAGUGGACCCAGGAGAAAGCCGAUAUACUCUGGAAGGUUAUCGAGCGCUCACGAUCUACCGACAACGCAGGAACAGACUGGAAGGGACUAGCUGCGCAUCUGGACGUCCCUCUCCCUUACCUCCUCUACCGGGUUCAAGGGCGAUUUCAAGAAGAGCUUCGCGGGCUUCAAGAUAUACCAGGGGUAUCUAGUCCUUCGGUUGCGCAACCAAACAACAAGCCUUUCGAAGAUGCGGCGAUCUCCCCCAUUGACAAACCUUCCUCUGUCGCCAUGCGGGCCGUGCACCGUUUGAGCACGAGUGGCAGGAUGUCACCGGCUGGCCGGCUUUCGACGCCUUUGGGUGUACGGGCCCGGCUUAAUUCGCUGGGGAAGAACUCCGUGCCGCAGCCCAAGAAAGCACUUUCCUCGUCCACGCUUACCGCCCAAGUCACAUUCGGUGGUGGGCCCGCGAAACGCACCCUGAGUCCGCCUUCGUCAAAUCCGGAGUCAGGCACGGAUUCCGAGGACGAAGAAUCGAAGCGCGAAGAAGAGGCUGAGCGCAACGCCGAGGAACAAGAGUCGCUCGAACGCAAACUACAAGAACUGCAACUUAUGGUGACCAACGAGUCUUUAGGCCUGGUAUCCCGUCCACCUCGGCCGCCGCUUCACAGCAGCAGCAGCAGCAGCAAAGGGAAAACGAGGGCCAUUGAAGUAGACCGUGGACGCGCCAAUCAGAUCAACACCCUCCCCGCUCAAAUGACAUUCAGACGGGAGAAAGCAUACAGUCCGAUGAGCGUGUCGAGCGCCAGUUCUGCUCAGAGCUCGAUUCCUGAUAUUCCUUCGCCGUCGAAUGGAUCAAGAACGCAUUCUCCCAUGAGCCGACAUCUUUCACCGAGCAAAUCGUCCAGUCCUCCGGCAUUGUCACCCCGCAGCGCGCUCGGGAGAGCGUAUGCGACAGAACAGGGCAGCAAUCAGGGUUCAGAAGCGUCAAGCUUCAGUGAUAUGAGCGAUCUAUCUACCUCGGCGUUGGACAGUGCGUUCUUGUCCAACUUCCGUGGGCCAGCCUCCCGAGUGAGCUCAGUCUUCAGCGGUCGCAGUCGCAUGUCCACGCGCCCAUUUCCCUUGUAAUAUCAUACUCAUACAUUGUACAUCAUUUUCCAAUCAUGUUCGUCCAAUCAAAUUUAGUGUACUUUUGCUUGAAUUGGAGAACGCGCUCUUUGUUGCUGUGGAAGUCGAUUCGCUUCGGUCGUCUCCACCGGCGAGGCUCAAUCUCUAGCACAUUGCCAAUAAUUUCGCCCGCAAAGUACCUGUUUACGGGGGCUGAGAAGCGAGGAUAAAGGGAUCAAGAGUGGAACGUACUUUGGAAAUUCUCCGCCGCCCUUUUCUCCUUCCUCCAGACCACCAUCCUCCUCAUUGGCUGCAUCCCCGGUACCUUCGAUCACAUGACCGUAACCUUUCUCGCCUUUAUAGUCGAAUUGAACCAUGAAAUAAGGCAGAUUCGGAACCAUAGCACGCCGGAAACCUCCCGGCCGUCUAGAGAAAUCGAUCAGUUUCUUGUGCUGCGACCAUUCAGCCUCGGAGGCAAGAAUCGAUUCCUGAAUGGGGAUCAGUGCUGUUAUGCGGUGUAUCACCGGUGUAAAUGAACCUUGAAGUACUGGGGAAUGUCUUCGAACUGCUCCCAGGGAAGCGGAACACAUUCAAUGCAUGUGUGUUUCUGCCAUUUCAGCGUGAUUACGGUCUCAUAAAAGAUGACGCCCUUGUCUUCUUCAGCGAACAUCCGCAUCAGACAUUUCAUGAAAUUCUGUUCAGUAGAGAUCAGAAUAUAUUAUCCGAGUCGGGCGAGGAGAACGUACCCGGACUUCAUCCCAAACAUCAUCGUCAGCUUCAAGCAUGUUGAGAUGAUGCUGGAUGGGAACAAUCAGACAAUGCCCAUCCACCAGUUCCUCAUUCGGAGUGCACGAGAGAUAUGCGCGAGUGCCCAUGGCCACUACAGCACAUUUUGGCGGCGAAUCGUCUUCCCCGAAACAAUAAACACACUCGGAUAGCACCUUUUGCGUGCGUUUAAAGUCUGAUAGUGGUUAGUUCUUUCGCGAGGAAAGAGGACGUUCAGUACAGACCAUGAAUCGCAAACUGGCGCUUCAUAGCAUCGGAACGCAUUUUCUGACGGCCAAGCUUUUC